CGAAAUCAGAAACUUUACAGCACAAAAUAAAAAAGCAUAGCUUAAAAGUUCUUCUAUAUAAAGUGAGUCACACUAUAACUUUUCUCCUCUCAACACCUUCCACUUAUUCAUCUUCCAAUUCCAAAAAAAAUCUUCACACAUAUUCAAUAACAUAAAAAAGUUACAUAUAUAGUUUCUAUAGAAAAGAAUGAAUAUGGAAGAAUUAGUUGUUCAAGAUGAAUAUGUAUACAAAGAAGAAACCCUUUUAACAGUUCUAAAAACUUCUCGGUUUUUCAGUGGUGAUGGUUUUGUUGUGUAUGAUUGUAAGGGACAACUCGUUUUCCGAUUCGACUCAUAUGGACCAAACACUCGUGAUAAGGAAGAACUUGUUCUUAUGAAUACACAUGGUCGUUCUCUUCUCACUUUGCGCAAAAAGAAACCAAGUCUUCAUCAAAGAUGGGAAGGGUUCAAAGGAGAGAGAAAAGAGGGUGAUAAACCAAUCUUCAAUGUAAGAAGAUCAUCAAUAAUCGCACGGUCAAGAACGACCGUAGCAGUGGAGGUACAUGAUAACCCAAAUAUGGAGUACCUCAUCGAAGGAUGUUUCCCACAAAGAUGCUGUAAGAUUUUUAACGCCACUAAGAAAUUAGUGGCUGAGAUUCGUCGCAAGGUGGACCCCACUACUAGUGUCAUGCUUGGUAAAGAAGUUUUCAUGCUUUGUGUUCAACCUGAUUUUGAUGUGUCCUUUGCCAUGGGAUUAGUCUUAGUACUUGAUCAGAUCAAUGGUGAGAAUUUCUUUGAUAAUGGGACCACUGAGACCUCGGUGCACCCUACUACAGAAGAUUGAGGAAUUAUCACUUGGUUUUAUUUUGAGAUUUGUCGUUUUUCUAUUUAAUUAUUUUUUCAUAGAAAAGUUUUGUGAUCUUCUCAAACACAUCUUAAUUUUCCUCUUUUUCUACUUGUGCUUCCAUUAUUGUAUGAAUGUUAUUAAUAAAAUAUUGGUGAAUGGUGUACAUUUAUACCUUUGAAAAUUCAAGCCAUGUUUCAAAUAAAUAAAAUUGGUAUGCCUAUGUGCAACUUGCAAUGCAA